GCGGCAGCCCCGGAGCUCCGCACCGCACCGCAUCACUCUGCUCUGCUCCGCAUCCUUCUGCUCCACAUCACUCCGCACCGCAUCACUCUGCUCUGCUCCGCAUCAUUCUGCUCCACAUCACUCCGCACCGCAUCACUCUGCUCUGCUCCGCAUCAUUCUGCUCCGCACCGCUCCGCACCGCAUCACUCUGCUCUGCUCCGCAUCAUUCUGCUCCACAUCACUCCGCACCGCAUCACUCUGCUCUGCUCCGCAUCAUUCUGCUCCACAUCACUCCGCACCGCAUCACUCUGCUCUGCUCCGCAUCCUUCUGCUCCACAUCACUCCGCACCGCAUCACUCUGCUCUGCUCCGCAUCCUUCUGCUCCACAUCACUCCGCACCGCAUCACUCUGCUCUGCUCCGCAUCAUUCUGCUCCGCACCGCUCCGCUCCCCGCACCGCAUCACUCCGCUCCCCGCACCGCUCUGCACCGCACCAUUCUGCUCCGCACCGCUCCGCAUCUUUCCGAACAGCACCGCACCACUCUGCUCCCCUCCCCGCUCCGCUCCGCUCCCCGGCACAGCGCCGCUCGCCCGCCCGCCCUUCCGCCCACGGCGCUCGGCGGAGCGGCGUCAAAAGGCGGCGGCGGGGACGGGUCAGGGCUGCGGGAGCGACACCGCGGCUGUCGCUGGUGCUGCGGUGAGCCCCGGUACGGCGGGAGCCGGCGCUGCCCGGCAUCGCUGCGAGCCCGCUGCUGCUGCCGCCCGGCGCGGCCGAGGUGCUGGACAUGGACACAGAGGAUGACCCAUUGUUACAGGAUGCCUGGCUAGAGGAGGAAGAUGAAGAGGUAGCCUUCAGCUCCCAGAAGAGGAGAGAGGGUGCUCUGCUGUGUGGGAAAAGCCCGUGCAGAGUCAGACCCGUGUGUGUCACACUGCCUGUGUCUGGCUUCUGGAAUAUCGUUGGCUGGGUGUUCACCAACCCUUACUGUGCUGGCUUCAUCCUUUUCCUGGGCUGUGCCAUCCCUGCUGUGCUUGCUGCCGUCAUGUUCCUCCACUACCCCGCCCUGGACAUCGACAUCUCCUACAACGCUUUCGAGAUCCGCAACCACGAGUCCUCGCAGCGCUUCGACGCCCUCGCCUUGGCCCUCAAAUCCCAGUUUGGCUCGUGGGGGAGGAACCGCCGGGACCUGGCUGACUUUACCUCCGAAACCCUGCAGAGGCUCAUCUUCCAGCAGCUCCAGCAGCUCCACCUCAACGCCUCCCAGCUCGGGGCCAGCGCGCGGGUCAGGCGCUCCCCGGAGGGCAGGACGGGCUCUCUGCAGCCCCAGGGCAACCAGAGCGCCCGGGUGGGGAGAGCCCCACGCUGGGACUACUCCAGCUCCUACAUCAGUGCCAACACACAGACCCACGCUCACUGGCGCAUCGAGCUCAUCUUCCUGGCUCGGGGGGACUCUGAGAACAACAUCUUCACCACCGAGCGCCUGGUCACCAUCCACGAGGUUGAGCGCAAGAUCAUGGACCACCCUCGCUUCAGGGAGUUCUGCUGGAAGCCCCACGAGGUCCUGAAGGACCUGCCCCUGGGUUCCUACUCCUACUGCUCCCCUCCCAGCUCCCUCAUGACCUACUUCUUCCCCACUGAGAGAGGAGGGAAGAUUUACUAUGAUGGCAUGGGACAAGAUCUUGCUGACAUCCAAGGGUCCCUGGAGCUGGCCAUGACCCACCCCGAAUUCUACUGGUAUGUGGAUGAGGGCUUGUCUGCUGAGAACAAGAAGAGCUCCCUGCUGAGGAGUGAGAUCCUCUUUGGGGCUCCACUGCCCAACUACUACUCGGUGGAGGAUCGCUGGGAGGAGCAGCGCCGCAAGUUCCAGAACUUCGUGGUCACCUAUGUGGCCAUGCUGGCCAAGCAGUCCACGAGCAAAGUCCAGGUGCUGUAUGGAGGGACAGAUUUGUUUGACUAUGAAGUGAGGAGGACUUUCAACAACGACAUGUUGCUGGCCUUCAUCAGCAGUAGCUGCAUUGCUGUCUUGGUCUACAUCCUCACCUCCUGCUCAGUGUUUCUGUCAUUCUUUGGCAUUGCCAGCAUUGGGCUAAGCUGCCUGGUGGCUCUGUUCCUGUACCAUGUCGUAUUUGGGAUCCAGUAUCUGGGUAUACUCAAUGGUGUGGCUGCCUUUGUCAUCAUGGGGAUUGGAGUGGAUGAUGUCUUUGUUUUCAUCAACACCUACCGCCAAGCCACGCACCUCAAGGACCUGCGGCUGCGCAUGAUCCACACAGUCCAGACAGCAGGGAAGGCCACCUUCUUCACCUCCCUGACCACAGCUGCAGCCUAUGCUGCCAACAUCUUCUCCCAGAUCCCAGCUGUGCAUGACUUUGGACUCUUCAUGUCACUGAUUGUGUCCUGCUGCUGGGUAGCUGUGCUCUUCACCAUGCCAGCUGCUCUUGGAAUAUGGACCCUUUACAUGUCCCCAUUAGAGAGCUCCUGCCAAACCAGCUGCAGUCAGAAGUGCACCAAGAAAAGUGCCCUGCACCUGGCUGAAGAUCUCCUCAUUGCCUCAGAGGCCACCUCCAGAGCAGGCAGAGACACCCUUCCCUACCUUGACGAUGACAUCCCACUGCUCAGCGUGGAGGAGGAGCCUGUCUCCCUGGAAAUGGGGGAUGUCCCCUUGGUGUCUGUGAUGCCAGAAAAUCUGCAGCUCUCUGUAGAGAAGAGCAACCGGGGUCACUUGAUAACUCAUCUGCAAGAGCUGCUGGAGCACUGGGUGUUGUGGUCUGCAGUGAAGAGCAGAUGGGUGAUUGUGGGGCUCUUUCUCCUUGUUCUGCUCCUGUCCAUAUUCUUUGCCAGCCGCCUCCACCCAGCCAGCCGUGCUCCAGUCUUGUUCCGGCCAGACACAAACAUCCAGGUGCUGCUGGACCUGAAAUACAACCUGAGUGCUGAAGGUAUCUCCUGCAUCACCUGCUCAGGUUUGUUUCAGGAAAAGCCCCACAGUUUGCAGAAUAACAUCCGAACCUCUUUGGAAAAAAAGAAGAGGGGCUCAGGGUCACCUUGGGGAAGCAAAGGCAGCACGAGUGAUACAGGGCAGCAAGAGCUCCAGGGAACUGUGUAUAUCUCCAAGUCCAGGAGCAAGGGAAGACCAGCCAUCUACAGAUUCUCCCUCAAUGCCAGUGUCCCUGCACCCUGGCAGAUGGUGUCACCGGGAGACGGGGAGGUGCCUUCAUUCCAGGUGUAUAGAGUGCCUUUCGGUAACUUCACCAGGAAGCUGACAGCUUGUGUGUCCACAGUAGGGCUGCUUAAGCAGAUGAGCCCCAGGAAGUGGAUGAUGACCACCUUGUCCUGUGACACCAAGAAGGGCUGGAAGUUCGAUUUCAGUUUCUACGUGGCCUCCAAGGAGCAGCAGCGAACACGGAAACUGUAUUUUGCCCAGUCACACAAGCCCCCUUACCACGGCCGAGUGUGUGUGGCCCCUCCGGGCUGUCUGCUCAGCUCGAGCCCAGACGGACCCACCAAAGGCAUCCUGUACGUUCCCAGUGAGAAAGCAGCACCCAGGGCAAAGCUGUCAGCCACCUCUGGCUUUAACCCCUGCGUGAACGCGGGCUGCGGGAAGCCGGCGGUGCGGCCGCUGGUGGACACGGGAGCCAUGGUGUUCGUGGUGUUCGGCAUCAGAGGCGUCAACCGCACCCGGCGCCCCGACAACCACGUCAUCGGAGACAUGGGCAGUGUUAUCUACGAUGACAGCUUUGACCUCUUCAAAGAGAUUGGCAACCUGUGCCGCCUCUGCAAAGCCAUUGCCAGCAACUCUGAGCUGGUGAAGCCCGGAGGGGCUCAGUGCCUGCCCUCGGGUUACAGCAUCUCCUCCUUUCUGCAGAUGUUGCACCCCGAGUGCAAGAAUAUCCCUGAGCCAAACCUGCUGCCUGGACAGCUCUCUCAUGGGGCUGUGGGGGUGAAGGAUGGCAAGGUGCAGUGGAUCUCCAUGGCAUUUGAAUCGACAACCUACAAGGGGAAAUCCUCCUUCCAGACAUAUGCUGACUAUCUGAAAUGGGAGACAUUCCUGCAGCAGCAACUCCAGAUCUUCCCAGAGGGCUCUGCUCUCCGACAUGGUUUCCAGACCUGUGAGCACUGGAAGCAGAUUUUCAUGGAGAUUAUAGGAGUGCAGAGUGCUCUGUAUGGUCUUGUCCUCUCGCUGGUCAUCUGUGUGGCUGCUGUGGCAGUGUUCACCACACACAUCCUCCUCCUGCUGCCAGUGCUGCUCAGCAUCUUAGGGGUCGUGUGCCUUGUGGUGACCAUCAUGUACUGGUCUGGCUGGGAAAUGGGAGCUGUGGAAGCCAUUUCCCUCUCCAUCCUCGUUGGCUCCUCUGUUGAUUACUGUGUGCACUUGGUGGAGGGUUACCUGCUCGCAGGGGAGAACCUGCCACUCCACCAGGUAGAGGACCCCACGGCGUGCAGGCAGUGGAGGACAGUGGAAGCCGUCCGGCACGUGGGAGUGGCGAUCGUGUCCAGCGCCGUCACCACCGUCAUCGCCACCGUCCCGCUCUUCUUCUGCAUCAUCGCCCCCUUCGCCAAGUUCGGGAAGAUCGUGGCCCUCAACACGGGAGUGUCCAUCCUGUACACGCUGACUGUGAGCACAGCCCUGCUCAGCACCAUGGGCCCCGGCACCUUCACCCGCAGCAGGACUUCCUGCCUCAAGGCUGUGCUGGGGGUGCUCCUGGCUGCCCUGCUGGGUCUCUGCAUCUGCCUUGUCCUGCUCAAGAGUGGAUUUAAAAUCCCCCUCCCCAACGGGACAGCCCUGUAGAACCCAAGCUGAGAGCAACAUGCUCUGUCCUCUUGCUCCUUUUCUUCUUUUUUCUUUUCUUUUUAAAGAAUAUUUUUGGU